CUCUCUUCCGUUCCAUUCCAAAAUCAUAAUCACUACCGAAGCCAAAACCUACACUUUCUCUCUUUCCUUUUCUUCCUUAUUGUUCUGUUCUGUUCUGUUCUGUUCUGCACUACGCAUCUCAUGCGCCAAAAUGGAGCGAAAGAAAACCUUUACAAUGAACUGGGACGCCCUCGGCGACCACGACGAUGACGAUGACCAUUUUUUUGAAACAUGUGAUCGCCUCUCCAACGCCGUUCCUGUCGACCUCGGCUCCUCCGGUUCCGACGACGAAGAUGAAUUCGAAGACCCUCGCGCAUCAUUUUCCUGCGCUUCCACCACUGAAUACAGGAACUAUGCAGCCUCCUCUAUUUCAUGCGCUUCCACCACUGAAUACCGGAACUACGCAGCCUCCUCUAUUUCCUGCGCUUCCACAACUGAAUACCGGAACUACGCAGCCGAAGCCGCAGCCGCAAUGUCGCCGGAAUAUAACAUCUGGAUGGCCGCCCCUGGAUCGAUUAAGGAACGCCGGAAACGUCUUCUUGCCGGAAUGGGCUUAUCGAACGAGAAAGAGCUGGCUAGGGUCGCCAGUAAAGAGGUGACUCGCGCUAUUUCCAUCAAAGUUGAAAAAGGACAGGCCUCGUCUCCUGAAGUUAGUAGCGGUCCAGGCGUAGAAGUGAAACCGCCGGAGGUUUCAACAGCGCCAGUACCGGGUGUGCUGGUCCGUUGUAAGUCUGCUAGUAAUAUAAAGGCAUUUUCGAGCGAUAAAAAAAGAAAAGAAGAAUUUUUAGGAAAUAUGGCCAAACAAAGCCUUAAAAGAUCAUCAUCAAUGGUAGUUGUGUCAAAUACAAAAACUUGUCCAUAUAAAGAUUCUGUUACAGCUUCGGCGCAGAACGGAGGAAGCGUACGUUCGCUUGGCCCGAACGGUGGCUUAACGCCGAUGUUAUCAGAUAACAGGUUUGGUGCUUUCUUCUUGAUUAAGAAUUUGGAUACAGGAAAAGAAUUUAUUAUUAAUGAGUAUGAACAAGAUGGAACGUGGAAUAGAGUAAGUGAUCUUCAAACAGGAAAGCAAUUGACAAUAGAAGAAUUCGAAACAUGCGUUGGACAUUCAAGAGUUGUUAAAGAAUUAAUGAAGAGAGACACGGUUGGUGAUGAUGAUAGAAAAAUUAGCGCUAAUUCAUAUUUGUCCAAAAGUUUAAGACUUAGCAAAAGAAGAGGUGCAGCUAUCUUGAAGAAUAUAAAAGGUGUUGCUCAUUCUAUGUCCAUAACUGGAUUAAGAAAUGCUGAUAAAGAGCAUAACUCGCCUACGGCUGAAUCAAAACCUGGAGGAGCAGGAGCAGGAUCAGUAGGCAAGAAUAAUUCUUCUUCUGCAUCUUCAUCAGGAUGGAUGAAGGUUAGGCAGGUGGCGAAAUCACAUAAGGAGUUAAGUGCUAUGCAUUUGUGUCAAGAGAUUCAGGCUCAUCAAGGUUCAAUAUGGACUAUGAAGUUUAGUCCUGACACAAAAUUUCUCGCUAGUGGUGGUGAAGAUAGGACUAUUCAUAUAUGGGAAGUUCAGGAAUGUGAAAUUAUGUCCUUGAAUGAAGGGAAUUUGACUCCGUUUCAUCCAUUCUCAUCUACUCCGGCACUAGGAGAUGUCACACCAACCCCUUCUGAAAAGAAAAAGAAGAAGAAGGGUUCCGCUAGUAGAAAAAUCAAUCCUAUUCCAGAAUAUGUUCAUGUGCCAGAAUCUGUGUUUUCCUUAUCGGAGAAACCGAUAUGCUCUUUCAACGGUCAUCUUGAUGAUGUCCUUGACCUGUCCUGGUCCAGAUCUCAGCUACUUCUUUCGUCUUCAAUGGACAAAACUGUUCGUUUAUGGGACAUGGAGACGAAGAGCUGUCUAAAGUUGUUUGCUCACAAUGAUUAUGUAACCUGCAUACAAUUCAACCCCAUGGAUGACAACUUCUUCAUAAGUGGUUCGCUCGAUAACAAGGUUCGAAUUUGGAACAUACCUGACAGGCAACUUGUGGAUUGGACUGAUCUUCAUGAAAUGGUCACUGCUGUUUGCUACACGCCGGAUGGGCAGGGAGCACUUAUUGGUUCGCAUAAAGGGAAUUGCCGUAUGUACAGCGUUGAGGAUUGCAAACUGAGUCAAGUUGAGCAGAUAGAUUUACAAAACAAGAAGCGACCAAAAAAGAUAACUGGUUUUCAGUUUUCCCCAGGCAAUCCAUCUGAAUUUAUUGUUUCUUCUGCUGAUUCUCGAAUUCGGAUCUUGGAAGGUUCAGAAAUCAUCCAUAAAUUCAGAGGUUUCAGAAAUCUUAAUAGCCAAAUUGCAGCUUCAUUCAGUAAAGAUGGAAAAUAUGUAAUAUGUGCAAGUGAAGAUUCUAAUGUUUUUGUGUGGAAGAGAGACGAGCGAGCAGGAAGUGGAAAAGGGAAGAGUAUGAUAAAUUCUCGAUCUCACGAAAGCUUUCAAUGCAGAGAAGUAUCAAUAGCAAUCCCAUGGCCAGGUACUGUAAAAGGUGAUCCUCCACCUGCACAAGUCCAUUCGAAAAGAAACUCAAAACGUUCUUCUACGUCACAAACACCUUCCUCUUGCUCUUCGCCAACCAAAGAAGACGGAUCUGUUAGUGGCAGAAGAAAUUCUGGAACUGAUUCACCUCCUAAAGAAGAAGCUUGUCCUUGUCCUUCUCCUUCUCCUUCUCCAGCAACAAACAAUAAAAAACAAUUGCCACCGCUUCCGAAGAAAAACGGCAGCAGCAGCAGCGGCAACGGCAGCGGCGGCAACAACAACAACAAUAACAAUGUAGAGAGCACUCCGUCGCCGGAAGAUGAUCCAUCCAUGAUUUCCCGGUCAGAGUCUAAUAUAGGUGACUCAUUCAGUUCUGCUGUAUCUUCUUCAGCGAGGCAUGGCGAUUCAUCUGCUAUUUCUGCUACUCCAAGUCCAUCUUCUUCUUGGCCUUCCACUUGGUCAUGGUUUGAUAGUAGCCAUGGAAAUAAUUCUAUCCAAGCAAAUGCUUGGGGUAUGGUGAUUGUUACAGCAACUUUGGGGGGUGAAAUUCGAGCCUACCAAAAUUUUGGGUUGCCACGUAGGAUUGGCCGCCAAACCAACCUGUUUUAAGACAUUUCGCAAACGUUUUUGUUUUGGGUUUUUGUUUGUAUUAGUGAAAAUAGAAGCAUAAUUAACAUGGUUUUAUUUCCCCUUUUCCUGCGUCAAAAUCAAACAACAUGAGCAAUUCUGUGUAUUGUAUAUGCCAAAGAAGUUUGUGGAAAGUUUGUAAAUUAAAUACUUUGCUUUUUUUCUAA